UGGAGUUUUGAACCUUCAGUGGUAGGGCAACACUCGCCGAGUGUUGAAAAUUAUCAUUGUUUAUUUUUUCCGGCAUAAGCAAACAAACAUGACGUCGUGGGGCAAUAUCUGCCGCAUCUGCAGCAGCCCCGCAGACUACGAGAUAUUCGCCAAGAUUCCCACGUACUUGCACGGCUCCACAAACGAGUUUCUCAACUGGCAAAAGCCCAUAAACGUUCUGCUGGAGGAGACGACGGGCCUGAAAAACUCCACGGACGAUGGGCUGCCACGCAACAUAUGUGCUCCGUGCAUUUCCUAUCUCAAGCAUGCCGUCACAUUCCGGGAGCAGUGCAUCAAGAACGCACUGAGCCUCAAGCUGGCGGAGCUCUACCAGCAAAAGAGGGUCAACGUUUCGGAUGCGAACAAGAUGGACAAGGAGAGCGCCCUCUUCACGGCGGAGGAUCUGCAUUAUGUGGAGCAGAGGCCAGUGCACAAUCUUCUGCUGAACAACAGCGCCAACAAACUGGAGUCCUCCAAGGACAAGGUGCACAAGCGACUGCUCAAUCAGACGACUCCCCAGCUGGACGGCAAUGCCGAGCAGAAGAUCCAAUACUUAAACGUGCUGUUCAACAAGCAGCAACCUUACAAUAGCAAUCCCAGGCACCCGCGGGAUGGCGAACUGCCGUCGAGCAGUGUCCAAAAUGACGACGAAGAUGACGACUAUGCGGUUGCCAGUUCCAGCGAUGACAACGAGGAGGCGGCCCUGCUCCGCAAGCACAAGAACUGCUACAACUACACCGAGACCAACUUCGAGGAGGACGAUCCCAUGGAGCAGGAUCAGCUGCAGCUGCGCGACAUCAAGGUGAACAUACCGGAGCCCAUGUGGAAGGAGCGAAAGUGUCCGGCAUGCUCCAAGCGCUUCAUGUUCGAGGAUUCGCAUCAGUCGCAUCUGGACAACUGCGUCGAGUACCAGUUCGUCACGUUUGUGACCGAGGUGACCAAGUUGCUCGAGAUUAGGCGACAGAAGAUGGUCUCGCCGCACGAGUUCAUCCGCCGCAUGAUAUUCGCUCUGCACAAGACCUGCGCCUGGCUGCAGGAACAUUCCAUAGACUCGCUUCUGGCCGAGAAGCUCAAUCAGGUAAAGGUGUCCAACGGCGAGAAGAUAGCUGAGCCGCCAAUUCCCAUAGAUAUACCCGAUCCCCGCCCGGUGCAGGAACCAUCUCUAUUCGACUUUGCCAGCGGAACGACGACUCCGAUCACGGAGGAGAACAACGUGCUGUACGCCAUUGAGCGCUCUGCAAGUUGCCAUUCCCAGGGCACGCCCACGGUGAAAAAACCCAUUCCCAUUCGCGGAAAGGCGGCGCUGGGAAUCGGCCUGGACAAGCACAGGGAGCGGGCCACGUUCCUCGAGAAGCUGCAACGUGCCGCAGUCUCUCCUGGCACAGUUUCGCAGGGUCCAGCGCCCGUUUUCUCAGCCCGCUGCGGGCAGUGCAAUUUAGAAUUUGACUCAGUCUACGAACUGGAGGUGCACAACCACAAUGCCCACAGGGGCUGUGCACUGAACGCCGACGACGAAGCCAAAAGGCGUCAGAUAAUCGCCCUCUUCGAGGAUGAUAUUUAGGUUUUCCAAACUCCUGUUUUUAAUGCAGGUGGCUCAAUCAAAAUAGUAAUCAUGUUGACCACAUCUGUAUGCAUCUGUGUUUUUGUCCGUAUUGUAUUUAUUUAUUUAUUUAUUUUAUUCUGUUUCCAUUAGUGAUUUAGUUUUGCUUAGCGGCAAUCCAUGUUCAUUUACAUUCUCGCGUACUCAAAAGCCCGUGGCUUUAUAUUUAUAUGUACUCCAAGACCAAUAAAGAGAUUCACAAGACUUAUUCUUAACCACAA